CUUCAUCUCAGAUACCCGCACUUAUUCACGUUCUUUCCCUCGGCAGCAAUGAGCUACUUGCACAAUCAAAUAAAUGUCGAAACUCCCUGAUCGGUCAAUGAGCGCGUUCCAUGAACCUACAGCAUCCUCAGCCCACCUGCGACACCUGAGUCGGAACCAGCGCAUCGAUUCAAAUGGCUCCGAUGGACGCGGGGCCAUGGGCGACAAUGCGUCAGACAUAGGCAGCCAAAAUACCAACCCGUUUAUCACCACGGUCGAGGACACUGGGUUUGCUGGCAGCAUGGCAGCCGGUGGUGGAGAUGGUGAUGGAUGGCCCAGCCGCACCUCGGUUACUUCUGUGAGUCGGCGCGCAAUGAUCCAGAACCGCAUUAUUCGCUACAUCGGGCACUUCAUCUUGGUCGUUUUCCUCUCUAUUAUUGUCAUACUCCUUUUGGUUGCUGUAGGCAUUCCUAUGAGCGACAAUGGCGUGCCUCCGACUAGAACCUAUUCCAACAUGGAGUUCAACUGGAAGAUCGAUCCCAAGUCGUACCUGUCGCCAAUGAAUUCGAAUUUCACCAACUACAACAUCCUGCUCGACGCACACAUCCACACUGUGUACUCGGACGGUGUACUGACACCAAAGCAGGUCAUUGAGUUUGCGCUGGCCAAUGGGUACAAUGCAAUCAUCGUCACAGACCACCAGACCGUGGCGGGCUCGUUAGCAACCAAAAAGUACGCCGAGGAGCACUACAAAGACCAGAUCACAAUCAUCACCGGUAUGGAGUACACCAGUUGUCGUAUACACAUGAACUUUAUCGGCAUAAACGAGUCUAUCCCCGUGAGUCCGCCGCAGCCAAGCGACGAGCAGCUGAAAGAGGUUAUCCAAAGAGUCCACGACAUGGGUGGUUUGGUUAUUGUCAACCACAUUCCGUGGUCCAACGCAACGAUGCUACCAUGGGACGUCCCUAGGCUGCCCAACAAUCCGUCGCGCGAGGAUCUGUAUGACUGGGGAGUUGACGGGUUCGAAGUUGUCAACCAGAACACCUUCGAUCUGCGCACUUACCAGUUUAUCCAGGAGCACUCGGACCGCCUGGUUGGGCUGACUGGUAGCGACAUGCAUCGCCCGGACUCGUCAUAUGCGUGGACCACGAUCAAUGCUGCCGACAAUUCGGCCGAAGCGAUCCUGGACGAGAUUCGGAACCGGCGCACAUCAUUCUUGCUCGAUCCCAGCGGCACCCGGCCAGUCAAUGGGCCACCGUACAACCCCGAGUACUUCAAGUAUGCGCCCUGGGGGUUGAUAGGAGACUAUUUUUAUGGAUACGUGGAUCGGUACCGCGGGCAGUACUCGUUCCAAGCGUCGUUCUGUCAGAGCGAGGUCGUCAUCGUCCACCACAGAAUGAUCGGUUGGUUCUUCCUGUGGCUAUUCGUGUCCAUUAUCAUUCUCGAGAUUCUGUACUGGCUCUUCCGCUGGCUGGCCCUGCUUAUCUGGCGCAAGAUCAGGGCAUGCUGGGGCACACGCCGCGGGAGGUGAUCAGGGCUGCCACAUCAAGAGUUUAGCUGGCGAUCUCCCACAGUCAGCUUCAGCCCUCCAUUUGGAGAUACACAGUUUUUGCGUAUCGCUGCCCAGACACAAUUUUACUGUCCUUUCCUCUUCGAAGUUCCAAUUCAAC